UAUUCACAAGAAACACACUAAAGUGACAUUGUAGUUAGUAGACUCCACGUUGAGACUCACACAACAAACCGGCAGCAUCUCUCUGUUCCUGGUUUGUUUCUGCCUCUGUACUGAAGCUAAACAACUCCGUUUUUCACGUCGUCUGUGAGCUCAACAUGACGUUCAGGAGGCUGAAGAAGGUGAACUCAAGCGGGCCAGACUCCUCUGGACCCGCAUCCCAAGACGACAUUUAUUUUCCCUCGUCAAAGUCAGACAGCUGCAGGACCAGAGACUUACCCACGAACUCCUCCGAGGUCUACAACUACAAGACCCUGGCUUACUCUGGAGGGACCCUGCCGAGGAACUUCAAGAAGGGUGGCGGCCUGCAGAAGUGGAAACCCCUCACACAGUCACCAGAACCACAGAGGAAGGUGGUGGUCCUGGAGAAGAAGGAGGAGGAGUCGUUUGGUUUUGAGAUCCAGACGUACGGCCUGCACCAUCAGGACCAAAAUUUAGUGGAGAUGUGCACAUUUGUGUGCAAGGUGCACGCUGACAGCCCUGCGCAGGAAGCAGGACUCAAAGUUGGAGACACCAUCGCAAGUGUGAAUGAGGCCACUGUGGAGGGAUUCCGGCACAAAGAGAUCGUUCAGCUCAUCAGGGCCUGUGGAAACUCUCUCAGGCUGGAGACGGUUUACAGCGACUCAAUCCGGAAAGCAGAGCUCGAGGCCCGGCUGCAGUAUCUAAAGCAAACUCUUCAUGAAAAGUGGGAUGAAUAUCGGUCGUUGAUGGUGCAGGAGCAGAGGCUUGUUCAUGGCAUAGUAAUGAGUGAUGCUGCAGUGUACGAAUCCCUGGAGUCAGCAGGCAUCUAUGGCAGCCUCGGUACUCCCAGCCCCGCCGCCCAGCGAGCCCUCCGCUGCACGGGCAGCACCAGCAGCAGCGCCAGCUUCCUCAGCACGGCCACUGAGGACGACCCGCUCUACCAGACCUGCCUGUACCAGACAGAUGGCGGCGUGGACUCAGAUAACAACAGCACUGACAAAAAGAACGAGCAGCAGCAGAGGCAGCAGCGCCUCCGACCAGCCAGCGAGCUCUUCACAACGGCAAAAACGCAGCUUACCCGCAGCGCAAGCACACGCAGCUACAUUAGGGGAUCUUCAUCAUCCGGCCCUGGGGAGAAACAGGGAGGAUUCAACUCUCUACAGAGGAAGCCCAAACAGAAAAGCUUCCGCAGACGCCUCCUUAAAUUCAUCCCUGGACUGAACAAACCUUUAGAGGAAGAAGAGAGCAAAUUGUGAGCAGCAGACUAAGCUGUAGAGACUGAAAACACUCUAAAGACUUUAGGCCAAAGAAAAAAAUGCAAGCAGCCCCAAAGAGUGAAGAGACCAAAGCGUCAUGGAGCCCUCAAAGCUGUACAGAACUUUUGUUUCCAUUUGUUUUGUUCAUUAAAUUAUUUAUUUAUUGUAAAAAGUCUCUGAUUUGUGUACAAAAUGAAGGAUUUUUCUGUUUUUACUGCAUGCACCCAGUUUUGUUUUGACCCAUUUUGACAUUUUCUAAGAGAGAAGUUUGAUAGAAAUUGAUCCUGUUUUUAUUUUUUCCACUUAAGUUGCAGCUCCUUAAAAUAAAAUAUGUGUCAUUUUCA